AUGGCGUCCGUCGCAGGUGUCAGCAUCGCCGUUGGGAUCCUGCUGUUAUUGUUCUCCUCAGUCUGCUGCAUAUGCAGCCUCGUCCGAGGGCAUCGCCAGAGCCGCGCCAAUGCGGCCACCGAUGCUGCCACGGCGUCUGCAGCUCUCACCUUACGACCUCAGCCAACGGUGUCAGAUAAGUCGCGCCACAGCGAGCAGCAGCAGCGCCGCACCGCACCUGAAGGCGGGCCACGGCGCGCCAGCCCGACGUCGGGCCUCCCGUCCUUCGCUUACAACCGAUCGGUGAGGCACAACGUGAUGAGCGGCGGCAGUGAAGAGGCAGCGGCGACGUGCUCGGUGUGCCUCGGCGCACUCCAGGUCGGGGAAACGGUGCGGCUGCUACCGGUGUGCCUGCAUUUGUACCACGUCGAGUGCAUCGACCCCUGGCUGGACGCGCACUCGUCGUGCCCGCUCUGCCGGUCGGGCACCGACUCGACGACGAUGGACGGCGGCCUGCUUCCUCCGGUUUAG